AAUCAAAAUGAGAGCCAACAACAAUCAAUAGCACAAGAAAAAGCUUCAAGCAUGGCUCUGUUGUAUUUUGCUUUGCUCAUUCUGCUCUUUCUUUUUUCUCUUAAGCUCUUGUUCCAAACAAGAAGAUUUAGAAACCUUCCUCCAGGACCACUUUCUUACCCUAUAAUCGGAAACCUCCUCCAACUCAAACAGCCUUACCACCGCACAUUCUCUCAGAUGUCGCAAAAAUACGGUUCAGUCUUCUCUCUCUGGUUCGGUUCCCGACUCGUUGUCGUCGUUUGUUCACAAUCCGCGGUGCAAGAAUGCUUCACCAAAAAUGACAUCGUGUUGGCGAACCGACCUCACUUUCUGUUCGGCAAAUACAUCAGCUACAAUAACAGCACCAUCCUUCACUCCUCCUACGGCGACCACUGGCGCCACCUCCGCCGCAUCUUGUCGCUGGAGGUUGUUUCAGCGACCCGUUUAAACUCCUUCUACGAGGUUCGAAGGGACGAAAUCAUGAGGCUGGUGCAAAAGCUCGCUAAGCUCUCAUCACACCAGUUCACGAAAGUGGAUCUAAAAGCCAUGUUUAUGGAAACAUCAUUUAAUACUAUGAUGAGAAUCGUGUCUGGGAAAAGGCUCUUUGGUGAUGAUUGUGACGUGAACGAUGUCGAGAAAGCAAAAGAAUUCAAACAAAUCAUCAAAGAGUUAGUGAUAUUAGCAGGAGUCAAUAAUCGUGGAGAUUUCUUGCCUUUCGUGAGAUGGUUUGAUUUUGAUAAUUUGGAGAAGAAGCUAAAAGGAAUUGGUAAGAGAACCGAUGCAUUCUUACAAGAACUCAUCGAAGAGCAUCGUAAUGGAAAGAACAAUGGAAAUACUAUGAUAGAUCAUCUUCUUGCUCAACAAAAAUCACAACCUGAACAAUACACCGAUCAAAUCAUCAAAGGACUUUCUUUGAGCUUACUACUUGCUGGAACAGAUACAUCAGCUUUAACUUUAGAAUGGGCAAUGGCCAAUUUAUUGAACCAUCCAGAAGUUAUAAAGAAGGCAAAAAAUGAAAUAGACACUUAUGUAGGACCUAAUCGUCUUAUAGAGGAAUCCGACAUGUCAAAACUUUCUUACAUUCAAUGUAUUGUUUAUGAGACACUUCGAUUGCAUCCUGCUGCUCCAAUUUGGUCACCACAUUUGUCUUCAGAAGAUUGCAUCGUAGGAAAAUAUAAUCUCCCAAAAGACACAAUUGUGUUGGUGAAUGCUUGGGCUGCUCAUAUGGAUCCAGAAAUGUGGAGUGACCCAACACACUUUAAGCCUGAAAGGUUUGAAAAUGAAAAUGAAGUAAACAGGUUACUUUCAUUUGGGUUAGGACGGAGAGCUUGUCCUGGAUCAAACUUGGCUCAACGCACAGUUGGUUUAUCCAUAGCCUUAUUACUUCAAUGUUUUGAGUGGAAACGAAUUGGUAAGGAAGAAAUUGAUAUGUCUGAAGCAAAUGGAAUUACUAUUUCAAGAAAAAAUUCAUUGGAAGCUAUGUGCCAACUUCAUCGAUCACCCGCAGUUAAGGAUAUGUACUGAUUUAUGAUGUUAUUUAAACAAUAAAUGUAUUGUGUGGAAAAUAAAUGUACUAUGGAAUUAUGAAAUAUUAUAAUGCAUGAAGAAUAAAUGUAUCUUGAAUUAAGACUAUGUAAUGAUUAUGUGAUGGAUUGAAAAUAAAUGUGUUUCCAUGGUGAUAA